CUGGCGCUCGUGCCGGCAGCAGGCGUCAGGCGCUCACUCGCGCGCUGUCGGCCGUCGGCCCCGCACGUCGCACGCUGCACGUCACACUACGUACGAACACGUAAACUUUGCCGAACUUCCCAACUGAGGAAAAGUGCGCAGUGCCCCCGGACCUGAUUGGAUGCAAUUUUGUGCAAUUUAUUUCAUAGUGUGCUGUGACGUAGAAUAAAUUCUGUGAAUUCACAAAGUUUGAGGAAACUGUUUUAUGCUGAAUAGUUGGAUUUAUGCGUAACUUUACUUGGUAAUGGAUGAUUUUUGAGUAUUUUAUGGGGUGCACACGAUGAUGGCGGCGGGUGUCGCCGGCUGCGCUCGCGACUGUUCGCUGCAGUGACGUAGACGGCCGCACCAUGACAUCGGCGCGCGCGCACCUUAGCUUGCUGCUCUAUGUGGCCAUGCUGCUGGCUAGAGAAUACGGCGUGACAAGCUUGGAGCUACUGGAGCUACGCGUGCCGGCGCACGUGGCGCUGGGCACGCGCGCGUCGCUGUCGUGCCGCUGGGCGCUGGGCCCGGCCGACGUGCUCUACUCCGUCAAGUGGUACAAGGACGGCAAGGAGUUCUUCCGACACGUGCCGCGCGACCACGAGCCCAGGAGGAAGUUUCCGCUGCCUGGAGUGGAUGUUGAGAAAUCAAGUCCAAACGGUGCAAAUGUGACGCUGUACCCAGCGGUCCUGGAGACGGGAGGGCGGUACCGAUGCGAGGUGUCCGGAGAACGGCCUCUCUUCCCCACUGUGUCCGACCAUGGAGAUAUGGUCAUUGUUGCUCUUCCCGACCACGGCCCCACAAUCACGGGCUCCCGUCUUCGAUACCAGAUCGGGGACCGGGUCCAAGUGAACUGCACUUCAGGUCGUUCACGACCAGCGACCAGACUCAGCUGGUACAUAAACGGGGAACCAGCGCCCUCUAUCGCACUGGUACCUCCAACUCAUGAGAAGCAUGAAGAUGGGUUGGAGACCACGAGCCAAGCGCUCGACUUUAAAGUCAAGCCCAAGCAUUUUAGGAAAGGAGACUUAAAACUUAAGUGUCUAGCCACCAUAGCGACGGUCUACUGGAGGAGUAACGAGGAGAGCGUGCAGGGCGAGAGGGUGAAGGGCUACUCCCGGUCCAGGGAGCUCACAGAAGGUUCCAGAGCGGACAGGGUGCAAGCUGCGGGCAAACCGGGCAGUUCAGCGCCCGCCAUCACACUCGCGCCCUAUCUACUCCUGCUUAGUGCACUAAUACAAGUGACGCAAACCAAAUUGCGCUCGUAAAACUAUUAAAAACAAAACAAUUAGUGAAAAGUUUGGUAGCUAAAUAAAGUGAUGAAAUGUGCUAAAACUUUUAAAAUAAAAUGCUUGAUUCAAUACGACUACGAGACUUAGGCUUAUACGAAUGUAUCCAAUUUUGCAUGUCUGACUAAUGUAAGUAAUAAACUUAUAGAUUUACUUAUUUUAUAGGACAAUUGAAAAACUCUGUUUCGUGAUGAAAUGUGUGCCAUC